CCGGCGCUCCUCCCCGCCCGCGGCUGCGCCCAGCCUGGCUCUGCCGGCCAUGAGCGACAACAUCCCCCUGCAGCCGGUCAGGCAGAAGAAGCGCAUGGACAGCAAGCACCGCGGCGGAUGUUGCGAGUGCUUAAGAUGUUGUGGAAGAGGAGACCCAAGGCCUCGAACCGUUUGGCUUGGCCACCCGGAGAAGAGAGAGCAGCGAUACCCACGCAAUGUGAUCAACAACCAAAAAUACAACUUCUUUACUUUUUUACCAGGGGUGCUGUUCAACCAAUUUAAAUACUUUUUCAACCUCUACUUCUUAUUUCUGGCCUGUUCUCAAUUUGUUCCUGAAAUGAGGCUUGGUGCCCUGUACACGUAUUGGGUUCCACUGGGUUUUGUGCUCGCCGUGACCAUCAUCCGCGAGGCAGUAGAAGAGAUACGAUGCUACAUGCGCGAUAAGGAAGUAAACUCCCAGAUCUACAGCAAACUCACAGCAAGAGGCACAGUCAAGGUGAAGAGUUCAAGUAUUCAAGUGGGAGACCUUAUCAUUGUGGAAAAGAACCAGCGGGUCCCCGCAGACAUGAUCUUCCUGAGGACAUCAGAAAAGAAUGGGUCCUGCUUUCUGCGAACGGAUCAGCUGGAUGGUGAAACAGACUGGAAGCUGCGUCUGCCUGUCAGCUGCACUCAGAGAUUACCCACCGCUUCAGAUCUUCUUCAAAUCCGAUCCUAUGUGUAUGCAGAGGAGCCUAAUAUUGACAUCCACAACUUCGUUGGGACAUUUACUAGAGAAGACAGCGACCCUGCAGUGAAUGAGAGCUUAAGUAUCGAAAAUACCCUGUGGGCCAGCACAGUGAUUGCUUCAGGAACUAUUGUGGGCGUUGUUCUAUAUACAGGCCGAGAACUGCGCAGUGUCAUGAACACAUCAAAUCCACGGAGUAAGAUUGGCCUCUUUGACCUGGAAGUGAACUGCCUCACCAAGAUUCUCUUUGGCGCUUUAGUAGUGGUUUCUCUUGUCAUGGUAGCUCUUCAACACUUCGCUGGCCGCUGGUAUCUUCAGAUCCUCAGAUUUCUUCUUCUUUUCUCAAAUAUCAUUCCAAUCAGUUUACGGGUGAACCUUGACAUGGGGAAAAUAGUCUACAGCUGGAUGAUCCGGAGGGAUUCCAAAAUUCCUGGCACUGUGGUUCGAUCCAGUACCAUCCCAGAACAACUAGGAAGAAUAUCCUAUUUGCUUACAGAUAAAACAGGGACUCUAACACAAAAUGAGAUGGUUUUCAAACGCCUACACCUUGGAACUGUGGCUUAUGGACUGGACUCCAUGGAUGAAGUUCAGAGCCACAUAUUCAGUAUAUACACUCAGCAGUCCCAGGAGCCACCUGCUUCCAAAGGCCCUGCCUUGGCUACCAAAGUCCGGAAAACCUUGAGCAGUCGGGUCCACGAGGCGGUAAAAGCAAUAGCUCUCUGCCACAAUGUGACUCCUGUCUAUGAAUCCAAUGGUGUGACGGAUCAAGCUGAAGCGGAGAGGCACUACGAAGAUUCGUGCAGGGUCUACCAAGCUUCCAGUCCUGAUGAGGUGGCCCUGGUACAGUGGACAGAGAGCGUUGGCUUGACUCUCGUCGGCAGAGAUCAGUCUUCUGUGCAGCUGAGGACGCCUGGUGGCCACAUCUUAAAUUACACCAUUCUGCAGAUCUUCCCAUUCACCUACGAAAGUAAACGUAUGGGGAUCAUUGUCCGGGAUGAGUCCACAGGAGAGAUAACUUUCUACAUGAAAGGGGCUGAUGUGGUGAUGGCUGGCAUUGUUCAAUACAAUGACUGGCUGGAAGAAGAGUGUGGCAACAUGGCAAGAGAAGGGCUCAGGGUCCUUGUAGUAGCCAAGAAAUCCCUGACCGAAGAACAGUAUCAAGACUUUGAGGCACGUUACAUCCAGGCCAAGCUCAGUGUCCACGACCGGUCCCUGAAGGUAGCAACCGUGAUAGAGAGCCUAGAGAUGGAGAUGGAGCUGCUGUGUCUGACUGGAGUAGAGGAUCAGCUGCAGACGGAUGUCAGGCCUACACUGGAGACACUGAGGAAUGCUGGCAUCAAGGUAUGGAUGCUCACAGGGGAUAAAUUGGAAACAGCCACAUGUACGGCGAAGAAUGCACAUCUGGUCACCAGGACCCAGGACAUUCAUAUAUUUAGAUUGGUGACCAACCGUGGAGAAGCUCACUUGGAACUGAAUGCCUUCCGCCGUAAGCAUGACUGUGCCCUUGUGAUCUCAGGCGAUUCAUUGGAGGUCUGCCUGAAAUACUAUGAGUAUGAAUUUAUGGAACUGGCGUGCCAGUGUCCGGCAGUGGUCUGCUGCAGGUGUGCACCAACACAGAAGGCUCAGAUUGUGCGCUUGCUCCAAGAGAGAACUGGGAAGCUGACCUGUGCAGUAGGUGACGGUGGAAAUGAUGUCAGUAUGAUUCAGGAAGCUGAUUGUGGCGUUGGAGUGGAAGGAAAGGAAGGUAAGCAGGCUUCUCUCGCUGCAGACUUCUCUGUCACUCAGUUCAAACAUCUGGGCCGGUUACUGAUGGUGCAUGGGCGGAACAGCUACAAAAGAUCGGCAGCUCUCAGCCAGUUUGUGAUCCACAGAAGCUUGUGCAUCAGUACCAUGCAGGCUGUUUUCUCUUCAGUGUUCUACUUUGCCUCUGUUUCCCUCUACCAGGGUUUCCUCAUUAUUGGGUAUUCUACAAUCUACACCAUGUUCCCGGUGUUCUCUCUGGUCCUGGACAAGGAUGUCAAAUCAGAAGUUGCCAUGCUGUAUCCAGAGCUCUAUAAAGAUCUUCUGAAGGGGAGGCCGUUAUCCUACAAAACAUUUUUGAUAUGGGUUUUGAUAAGUAUCUAUCAAGGUAGCAUCAUUAUGUAUGGAGCACUGCUGCUGUUUGAAUCGGAGUUUGUCCACAUUGUGGCCAUUUCUUUCACAUCCUUGAUCCUCACGGAAUUGUUGAUGGUGGCACUGACAAUCCAGACGUGGCACUGGCUCAUGAUAGUGGCAGAAUUACUCAGUCUUUCCUGCUACAUCGCCUCACUGGUCUUCUUACAUGAAUUUAUUGAUGUUUAUUUCAUCGCCACCCUCUCGUUCUUGUGGAAGGUAACAGCCAUCACUCUGGUCAGUUGUCUCCCUCUCUACAUCCUGAAGUACCUGAGGCGAAGGUUCUCUCCUCCGAGCUAUUCGAAGCUGACAUCAUAGAUGCUUCUACCGAAGAAGCAAAGACUUGUAUUUUGCACAGUGCUCACAGACAAAAAUCAAUGUGUGUUCAUCGUAGUAACAGCUGCAUCUGACAGUUGUGUAAGGAUUGUGCAUUGGCUGGUGACCUUUGCAGGAAAAGACUGAAUAAUUGGCAAUUAAGCGAGUUGGCUAGGAGUCGGCCAAACCAACUUACAGGGGCACUGUGUGGUCAGUCAAGUUCUGUCCAUUUCUAUUGAUUUUAAGUGAAGUCAAAGGUGGAUAACUACAAGGAACGUGGCAUCCAUUGUGCAAUCAGCUUACUUGGAACCUGUGAAGGAAGCUAUUUAUUUGAAAACAAUGUCAUCCAUAUAUAUAUAUAUAUAUAUAUAUAUAUAUUGGUUUCCUCAUGAUGUUUUAUCUUACUGCUUUUGGGGGUCAGGUAGAUAUAAGUGUUUGAACAUCUCGAGAAAUCCUUUAAAAUGAGUAACUCAUCUUACUAGUAAGUAGGCAGCACUUACUGUGCCAUACUGUGUCCCAGACCAGAGGUGAACAUCUCACUGUGACAUGGUUUGCUUUAAUCCCCUUGAACAAAAAAAUGCCUACCGUGAUUCUUUCCUCGUGUGGUAUUGCUGCAUUAUUUUUAAAGGGACGCCAUAACACUGGUAAAGGGAAAUCUCUGUUUUAUUUAACAGCAGUGUUUGGGGGAAGAUGAAUGUUCUGACAUCUAAAGCAUCAGCACAGUAAGGUGCAUCGCAAGCAUAGUAGGCUAUGUAGGACUAAAUUUGAGGGUGGAGAACACACUUGCAGGGAGAAUAGAUGGUGGGCAAACUUUAUUGUCCCAUACAAUCCCUCUUCUCUGCUACUGUUCUUCUGGAUUUCUUCUAGCUAACUCUGAGUUUUGGCUGGGGGCGGGGGAUGUGAGUAAAAAGAACUGAUGGGUUGGGAGAAAGUUAACACCUGAUUCUUUCCUGCAAAUAUCCACCUUUGUGUUACCAUUCACCAUCAAAUACAUAUUCGCCAUGGUGAUGCAUGCUUCUGCCCAAACAGUCAGGUUGCAUCAGGCUAAUCCAGGGUAUCUUCCUGCUUUCUGGCUUGCUGACUUUCCCCCUCUCCUUCAAUUAACUGCUUCUGUAGGCAGUUGGCCACAAGCACACAUACAUGCACUAUCAAGGAAAAACUUGAGAGCUACGGCCAGGAAGACACCAGAUGCCAGGGAGUCUUUGGGGCUGGUGCCAGCCCUGAAUGGCAGGUCAGAGGGAUGACUCCGGGCUAGCUGUUUGUAUGGAUAACAUUGCUGUGUAUUAGAACUACUUUUAACCUUCUGAGACCUUUUGGAAGGAAACUUGCUGCUAAUUGUCCUUUUGUAAAAAAAAAAAAAGUAUCAGAAAUGUUCUGCAGAAAAGUAACGGACGCAUUAUGAAUCAUUAAAGACUUGAAAGGGAAA